AUGGCUGCGGAACAAAGAAAAUCUGGGCUCCGGCGAGCGCCGGUCCGAUUGGCCGGGGGGCGGGGCCCGCCGCUGGAACGUUCGCCGGCGGUCGCCUUGGCAACGGCGGCGGGGCUGGGACAACCGCGGCCUGGGCCUGGCAAGGCCUGCGGACCUGCGCCCGACGGCGCGCGGCAGCAGCCUCUAAGCCCGCGCUGCAGCGUUUGGCCUCUCCCCGCUGCGGGGCUCACAAGCUCGCUGCCCCUGCGGUCGGCACCCUGGCCUCAGCCACUGGCUCGCGAAAGGAGCCGCUGCCGAAGCUGCUUUGCUCCAGGGGGCCGGGCGGGGACAAAGGCCAUCCGGGCCAGCGCGCGGCAGAGCCCAGAACGUGCGGGAGGCAGCCGUCACGGGGCAGCGACUGCGGCACCCAGGGCGCGCAAACGCCGAGGUUUACAGUGCGGGGGCAAAAGCUCCCCGGGGAGCGGACCCUCCCCUUCUCUCCGUCCCUAUCGAGCUCCAGGCCCUGAGCCGCAACAUCUGAGGAGCCACCGCUUACCCGCCGCCCGGGUCCCGCAGGACGCCCAUGGCGGCAGCUGCUGGGUUUUGAACCGCGCCGCCGCCGGGCUCCAAGCGGCCGAGCCGGCACCGGGAGGGCGGCGGGUCCGGAGCCUCUCUUGCGGCCCAUCAAGGCAGCUUCGAAACAACUUAACUCCGCUCCCGCCCUCCAGCCCGGGCCCUCAUACCCUCACGCCACCUACCCGAUCCCACACCAUCCCAGAGGCCUCCGGCACUCGGGCCCUCUGCCGAAGCGGCGUUGCCUCCGGUCUGGGGCCUGAAAUGGCUGCGGAACAAAGAAAAUCUGGGCUCCGGCGAGCGCCGGUCCGAUUGGCCGGGGGGCGGGGCCCGCCGCUGGAACGUUCGCCGGCGGUCGCCUUGGCAACGGCGGCGGGGCUGGGACAACCGCGGCCUGGGCCUGGCAAGGCCUGCGGACCUGCGCCCGACGGCGCGCGGCAGCAGCCUCUAAGCCCGCGCUGCAGCGUUUGGCCUCUCCCCGCUGCGGGGCUCACAAGCUCGCUGCCCCUGCGGUCGGCACCCUGGCCUCAGCCACUGGCUCGCGAAAGGAGCCGCUGCCGAAGCUGCUUUGCUCCGUGA